ACUCGAGGCAGAAUCACAGACAGAAUCUCCUGCUGCUCCGUCAAAGGGCAUUUCCUGUGGAUCAACAUGUCCUUUAGAGACUUAAGAAAUUUCACUGAAAUGAUGAGAGCUUUAGGGUACCCUCGGCUCAUAUCAAUGGAAAACUUCAGAACACCCAACUUUACCUUAGUAGCGGAAAUUCUAAUUUGGCUUGUGAAAAGAUAUGAACCUCAAAUGGAUAUUCCCACAGAUGUUGAUACAGAGUCAGACAGAAUAUUUUUCAUUAAAGCUGUGGCCCAGUUCAUGGCUACAAAGGCUCACAUUAAGUUAAAUACCAAGCGCCUUUAUCAAGCUGAUGGAUACUCAGUCAAAGAAUUAUUAAAAAUCACCUCUAUUCUUUACAAUGCAAUGAAGACACAGCAACUGACCUUGGAUGAUCCAGUUGAGGAAGACAAUCACAAAUUCAAGUUUGACCUAAGUUCUCGAAUUUCAGAUCUCAAAGCAGCACGACACUUGGCAUCAGAAGUCAAUUCAAAAGGAGCAUCAUUAUUUGACUUAUUGGGAAAGGAAGUAGAGUUAAGGGAAAUGCGAACUGCAGCAAUUGCGAGACCUUUAGAAAUAAAUGAGAUUGAAAAAGCACUAACUGCUGCCAUUAAAGAGGUUUUGGAAAAUGUAGAGAAAACCAAAGAAAUGUUGGGCAAUCUUGUUUCUGAUAUGGCAAGUCUGGACGCAAAGAUUGAAAAAAAAAGACAGGAGCUGGAGAGGAAUCGAAAAAGACUCCAGACGCUGCAAAGUGUGAGACCAGCGUUCAUGGAUGAAUAUGAGAAGAUCGAAGAAGACCUUCAGAAGCAGUAUACCACAUAUGUUGAAAAGUUCAGAAACCUUUCGUUUUUAGAGUCUCAACUGGAUGAAUACCACAGAAUAGAACAGGAGAGAUUUGAGGAAGCAGAAAACACGUUAAGAAUGAUGCAACAGAAAUUAAGAGAAGACGAGAAGGAGCUCAUGAAGGGAUCCUUAAAAGAUGAGGAUUCAGAUAUUGAUGUUCCAGAAGAUGAUGGUUCUGACAGUGACAUUGAAGACAGCCGUCCAUCUAAGUUGCGUCCAACUAGAAAUGGCUUCUUAGCAGGCAGAGGCGCCAGGUACUUCGGGAACAUGCAUGGGGGAGAUAGCGAUGAGACUGAAGGCAGUGAGAUUGAUGUAGAGGAAGAGGAUGAAGAAGAUGAAGAGGAAGAGGAGGAAGAGAGCAGGGAUUUGGAAGACGACAGUUUGGAUGGACCACGGGGUGGUGCACGAUCAACCAAGGGGGCCAUGAACCCUCCUUUGCUAGAAGAAAGUGACAAUGAUUUUUAAAGAAC